AUGCUCUCUUCGACUGGAAGGAGCUUCACUCCUCUCGACGGAUCAAAUGGGACCAGUUCGCGAAGAAAUCCCUUCGUUCAGGUCACUCCCACUGGUACCUCAUCCCUCUCUUCUUUCCCCAAUUCGUCUCUGCUUUCAGAUUCCACGACCAACUCGCCGGACCGUCCAUCACUCAACUCCACGCCUAUUUCUUCUCGUGUUCGGGGCGAGAAGCUCGUCAACUACAUGGAGCGCUCGCCGCCCUCUUCUUCGGUGGCAAUCGUACCGGGGUAAGCAGAUUAGUCCGAGUGCUCUUUGCGCCAUUUCACCGCUCAUUGCUGCCUUCUUCUCCCUUACUCGUCAUCAUCGAAAUUAAAAGAGUCGCCGAAGGGCAUCACGACUACUCUUCAUUUUUUGUGCCCUCGCAAGUCAUGCAUCUCUCUCUCUUUUUCUCUCUCUCUCUCUCUCUCUCUCUCUCUCUCUCUCUCUCUAUCAAUGACCAGUUAUGUUGCCCGAAAAGCUUCGAAGGAUGAGCUCUUUCGCUGAUUAACUUUACAAAAUGGAACUUUUCUUCCGAAGAUCAAAUUAGUGUUCCCAGUUGUCUCACUGGUUUAUUUUGACGUAGAGUUAGAAUAAUUCCCUCUGACCGACACAGUCAUGACGACUUUCUGAAGGAAUCCAGGAGAGUUACUCUCUCACCUGGUGGAUUAGAUAUCCGGCCCGAUAUUAUGUUAGCCAUUUGUAUUCGGUGUUUUGUUCUCCUUCAGACAGCAAAAAUCAGCUAACUAACAGAAAAUGAUAACCUAGUUUGUUUCAUUGGUCUGUUCGGCUACAAAUGGAUAAUCUUCCAAGUGAUUCUUUUCUCCCGUUUUCUAUGACGUGGCAGUGUGUUCUACGUCCGAAAAACCUCGUUCCGAGACACGGAACUGCCCAGGAAGUGAGCUCGAAGACCACCACAAAAAGAGUCGUUCUAAUCCAUUUUCUCAUCAAUACACUGGCUCCUAGGUAACGGCGACCACAAUCUUUUGUAUUCACACUCUGACAAUUGAAUUCGCAUUGCCUGUCAGCCGCACCACCUUUUCCUUCUUCUUCUCCUUCUCCUUCUUCUUUUUCGCACUAAUUUAAUAUUUCGCGAGUUUUUUGUGCUCGGCUGCCACGCCAACCGACUUCAAUAAUCCCAAGCUCUCGCGCGGAUUAGCGAAGUCCAUCGCCUAUCAGCCGACCGGAUAUCAACGCUCUCCCAUUCUUUGCAAUGUCUCAUCUGGGGCCAUGCGUCGCAAUUUCCGGCUGACGGUGCUGCUGGAGGUUUCAAAGCGAAACAAAUCUAAAUAUUGAGCUCAUCGCUCUAUUUUUGCUCCAAGUGUGACUGACUUUCUGAUUCGCUUCGAAAGGGUGAUAGCUCCCCCGUGCCCCCCCCCCACCCAAUUCUCUUCUCGAUUAUACAUGUUCCGAUCCAACUUACCUCUUCAUUCUCUCUUCCUAUCUUUUAACUUUUUUGUGCUCCUCUACCAACUGUCGCCCCACUCAUCUCGUUACUCAGUGCCAGAGACCGCGUGAAACCGAGCUACGCAGAGCCGAAUAACACGUCUUUGUCUCUCGGGCUCUGAUACUCUCUCGUAUAUCUAAUUUAUUGUCAAUGAAUUAUGAGUCGGGGCGAGUUGUGAAUUGGCUUGAGAAGCACACGCAAAAAAGUCGGUAGGAUGGAGAGAAGGAGAGGAAAUCGAAUGGACUGGUAGGAAUACGGUAGCCCAAACUGAAUAAGUGCAAUUGUUAACAAAAUGCAACUUCAAGAAAAAACACACUAUUUAAGUAAGGAAAGCGAAAGAAUAUGCACAACUUUUCAAUUAGAAGACUUUCUGUGCCAUUUCGGGAGAAGCUCUACACUAGAAGCCUGCGACUUGUUCCAAUCUCCCAUCAAUGGGGAUCACGUCAUCUCAGCGAUCCUUUUGUUCUCGAACUCAUUCCUGUUUUCCGAGUAUUUUAUACCACCUGCAGGUCGUUUUUCUUCGGAAGUGACACGAAAACAUCUCAUAUUCAAUGUCAGCACGGGAAUUUUUCCAGUGACCUACAGACAUUUUUGAGAGUUUCUUGUUGCUCUUUGUUUGCUUUGAUCAUAAUGAACGCAUUCACUAUGACAAUGAAUAAGAUGAAUCAGUAUUUCUCCGGCGGCGCGCAUCUAAAGUUCCUGGAACGCUGCAUCUGAGUCUUCGUGGACGACCGGCUGCCGUUCGGCCAUGUUUUGGUACCAAAGUGAACCGAACUUUUUUGCAAUUUAAAAAAAAGCUCAUUUAAUUUAGAAGAAAAGUGCGCGGAUGAUUAAGAAUUGUACGGUCCAGUUUUUGAGAAAAAUCUGAAAAAACUGUUUUGGCCUAGUAGCCGCGGGACCAGGGACUAGAAACCUCCGCGAGACCCCAAAGAGAAAUCACUGUGGCCAGGUAGGCAGACGUGUGUGUGUGUGUGUGUGAAUCCCGAUGAAAUGCGCAUUCCUGCCGUCCCUCCCGAUCACUUCUCCCCUUUUCUCUUUUAUCUCUCCUCGCCCGUUCGUCACAAUCCGUUGCUCCACCGAUUCAUCUUAAUUCUGUUCGUCUGCGCCCUCUUCUAUCGCCGUGCUCUUUUUCUCCAUGCUGCCUUCCAGCAAAACGGUUAGUCGAGUGAUCGAGCUGGGCGGGGCGACGCCGUACAGGCGCGGCACAGCCCCCGGACCCGCUUCAUCCGUGCAGCAGCAACAGAAGCUGGUGUCCGCCAAGUCGAGUGCAUCGCUCGUCUCCCGGGCCUCUACCAACUCGUCGUCCACCGCCAACCGGAACAUGAUACAGUGAGUUAUUUCGAAAGGCUUUCACCUAGAUUACUUCUUCACCGUUUAUGGCACCCUUGGGCUCGCUAAAAUCGGAAAGAGUCCUUUCUUUUCACUUCUUCACUUUUCCCUCCCGGAUCUUGUCCGUCAGAACGGACGACAACCCGCUAUUAUAGAUGUCAAAACUGAAAGCUCUCAAUUAUUGUUUCGUUCGAGCCGGCCAAAGUAAAAAGUGAAAAGGCCAUCCGGUUUCGAAGAAAAAAUCCGGAAUUUCCUCCGCCUUCUUUAACAUUCUGGUCAUAUCCGGAAAGAAAUGUGACGUUCUGACUACAAGAAUGAGUGUAUUUCCGAUGGGUCGGGGGCUCAAAGCUCAGAACGGCACAAGUUUCGAUGUCAUCUUGACCACACGUACUCUCGGAAUCUUCGUUGUCAUUCUCUUGUUGCUUGUCACCUUCUCAUGUUUCGCAUGCACCUUCUUCUUCCCCUCCCUUCCACUUUCUGUCCUUCUUUCUCGCCAUUCGUCCUUCCGUUCCCAUUCCGGCUCUUUUUCCCCGAAAAAGUCGUACUCCGUCGUUCCAUCCAACAAACAAGAUACUCCAUCAAAAUCAAAAAAUAUAUUUACUUGAACGAAGCGCUUCUCCGUCCAAUUAAUUGAGAACGGUGGCCCAUUCCGAAAAGAAAAUGGGCUCAAAACAUGAUGAAUUAUAAAUGAGCUAUUUGGAAAUGGGAAACGGGUGCUGACGUGGCAGGGCACGAGACGGCUCCGUCGUUAUUCAAAUGAGUUGGGUCGUCUUCCAAUGAACUUUCCUCCUCGGAAUACUUUGUUUAUUCCAUUUUCGCUCGUUUCUCUUCUCAAAGACCUUAUAAACAUUGUCGGCUUUCCCGAUCAAUUCCCAAAUUGCUUCUCCGGAAUUAGUCUUUUAUUAUUUACUGAGAACAGAAAAAUUAGGGACAAAUAAAAGGGAAGAUUAAUUUUCGAAAGAAGAAUGAGGAUCAUAGGCAAUAACUGGGACUGUGAAUACGGAAAAAAAUGAGUGAAUUUAUGUUCGAAUCGGACAAGAAUUGAGGUAUCACAGCGUUGGGAAACAAAGAAACAACCCUUGCUCUCCGUUGCUUGGCACUAAAGUGUGCCGGUGCCGGCCAAUGUCAUCCCCAACAAAUGCUCCGGCCCGCAUGAAUCUCACGUUCUCCGAUCUACGCGACUAUCCUCCUCUUCUCCCUCUAUUUUUAACCCCACUGACAACUGUGUCGUGCUUCGGCGGCCGAGGUCGAAAAUCCGGUUUGGACCAAAGCACACGGAGCCCCCGUCGCGGCGUCCGAUGGCUACGUGAGGUGCACUUUAUUGUAAGGAAACCAGGAAGAGAAGAUGGGCGACGAGCAGCCGCUUUUUGAAGAUCACACGGCGGAGCGGAGACCGAAAGAUAGGGUUUAUGGGAUUCGGAGUAUCAAUGGAACGACUAAGAAGAGGCGACUGAUCAGAAAUCGCUAUCAGGAAAAUGAUCAUUCUGGAGUGGGAAGACUGUGGGAUUCGCAACCGAGACCAUACUGAACUUUCUUCAUCUUGUUCUUCUCCUUGUUCUCGUAACCUUACAUCUAGUUCGAACGGACAAAUCGGUUCACUUCAGUCUCUUUUCAAUGUUCUAACCUCGACUAACUUUCUCAAUCCUUCCAAUUUGGAGUGCUCCACACUUUGCGGAUAAUUAGCUUGUUUUACGAUCGUAAUGUCCAUUACCCGCACCCACAGACUGAGCCCCCUCAAAUGGCUUUUACCGUACUCUCUCAAAUGCUUUCCGAUUACUCUUGGUAAUCAUGCGAUUCCACGAGGCCGCCCUGAGGAGAGCAGUCGACAGAAUGAGUCGUAACUUUUAUAUCCUUUCUUCCUAUCCGUCCCAUGCUUGCUUGAGCACGGGCGCCACUCCGGCUCCUCUGUCUCGACUCCGCCCAUUUACUCUCUUACUGUCAUCGCCGCACCGCCAUCGCCCACUCGACUCAUUCUCUCUUGUGGCGUCUUGGUCCCAGACUCAUCACUCCACUAACCUUUGUGUUCGGUCCUUUUUUGUGUCUUUGUCUUCUUUCCCCUUUGAUCUGCGUUGUUAGGAGUAAGCAGAAGCAGUCUCUCUCUCUCUAGAUACUCGGUCCUGUAUGGCACUACUGAUUGCACCAACGGUAGCCGCGUAAGUUCAUCACAUCCUGGGGACGACCGCACUUUCUCUUCAGCAUGUCAUUCGUUGCACUUUCAGGCAAAUCGCAUCCGGGAGCACUUCGAUGGCUGCCGUGUCGGGAUGCGAACGGGAAAACUCGGUCGAUAACCAACCGGACCGGGCUAGUAUCGAUGAUCGGUCUAGCAACAAGUGAGUAGCGAACUCUCCCGGGUCUAGCACACAAAUGCACUCAUUCCCACUUCUCCGGCUUCUUCGGAAGACACACGCGUCCUAAGAAAAGUGCAGCUAUGUCUGUCGGCCCUACAGAAUGUUUAAGACGAUGAGAAUAAUGGGUGAUUUUCAGGAUGUUCGACGAAGAUGUGGAGAGCAGAAUGAUUCCGUUGGAGCGUCCCAGUCACAAAGGAAGCAUCAGGGACAACACUCCGGACUCGAUCCUUAGGCUGAACAUCGGAGGAAGCAGUUAUCGGAUCCGCACUCGCUCCAUCAUCAAAUUCGGUCCCAAAACACUUCUUGGUGCGAACUGAAUUCCUCAUGGUUCUGACUCGAAUUAUUGCGUUCAGGUCGUUUCUGCCGCAUGAACCACGAGCACCGUCGCCAGUGGGCCGACUGGUACUUCGAGGACCAAGACGAGUAUUUCUUCGAAAGAGUUCCCAGGUAAGAAGAGCUGUGAAUGUGUCUGGAAGCUGUAGUUUGGUGUCAUCCGUCUUGUUCCGUCAGUUGUCUUACAUGACCGGCAGCUGUUGUCCAUGAGCGGCAUCCCAUUAAUCAGAGAAGAGAGCAACGAGCGACACAGAAAACACGACUGCAAUCGAACCGAUUUCAGAUACUUUGACCCAAUUUACGACUUCUAUGCCACCGGAAAACUUCAUGUGCCCAAGGAUCUCUGCUUCGACAAAUUCAUGGCCGAACUCCGUUUCUGGGCAGUUUCAAAGUCUCGAAUGGAUGAAUGCUGCUCUCCGUUCACACAGUACUGCGUCACAAUGGGAGGAGAUCCCAAGUACACGGUAGGCACUUGUUAUACAGAACAAAAAACAUAGGAAUGAGAACAAAACACACAAUUAUAACUUUUAGGAUGAGGCUGUUGAGCUGCAGAAGGUAAACCUUGAAACUUUUCGAAAUUUUUUUGCAUUUAAAAUUGACUACCAGCAAGCAGACGCUAACUUAUUUUAAGCUUUCAUACCUUACCAGCAACCCAUUCAUAACCAACCAACCCCCAACUCUAUCAGCCUUUUCCCACACGAACUUUUGGUUUUCAGGAGAAAGAUCACUUCAUAGGAGUCCGUUGCGCGAAUAUCCGUCGGCGGCUCUGGCUGAUUCUGGAGGGACAUUCUCAGAGCAAGUGGUGGAAGGUUAGUACUCCGAGAGGUUGCCCUCUGAUCCGAAUGUUGCAGGCGUUCGAAGUCAUCUCCACUGCGUUCGUCGUUCUCUCGAUUUCCGCACUCAUUCUCGGCUCGAUUCCCGAGUUCCAAGUCCCUCAGAAAAGCGAAGACGGCCAGUUGGUCUACGCAACUGCCACGUAUCCAACAUAUCCGAAUGGGGGCGGAAUGACCGUCGAAAGCCGCACAGUCGUCAGAGAAGGAUCCGAUAAUUCGGUAGGUUUGAGGGAAAAACUCGUUAAUAUUGAUUGCCUUCGAUGAUCAGAGAGGUUUGAAUUCAGAUGUAAUGUUUUCAGACUAUCAUUGAAGAUCCUACUCCGAGAAAGAACGUAAAGGUAGUAGCAAAUCUGUGUCGGAUUCUUUGGAAACUAUGUCAUUUAAUCACUAACAUUUUCCUACUUCUUCUCUGUGAUAAACUGCUCAACGGCAGUUUGAACUCGAGUUGCUCAAACUGAAAGUUACCAUUUUUCAGGUGGAAAUGACCGAACACCCGGUGUUCACUUGGGUUGAAAACGUCUGUGUCGUCUACUUUUCCAUUGAAUACGCUCUUCGUUUUAUCGUCUCUCCCAGAAAGGUGAAAAAAGUACUCUCUCAUCUUCAUUCAUCUUCAUCUUUUUCAGUUGGCGUUCGCCCGCCAGAUCCUCAACGUCAUUGAUCUCCUUUCGAUUGCUCCGUUCUAUUUCGAACUCCUCCUCUGGAUCUGCGGAAUCAGUGGGGAAAACGUGCGAAAAGUCCGAUGGGCGUUCCUGACUGUUCGUCUUCUUCGUGUCCUUCGUGUCAUCAGAAUUGCCAAACUCGGAAGAUUCUCCCCUGGUAACUGAGAAUUGGGGUGAACGUUCGCAUUUCGAAUGUUCAGGUCUCGCCAACUUCGCCUUGACUAUCCGCAAAUCGAAGAAGCAGAUGCAGAUGGUCGGAAUCGUCAUGAUGACCGUGGUUAUCUUCUUCUCGACCCUCAUCUAUUUCCUCGAGCGCGACGAGCCGGGGACCAAGUUCAGCAGUAUUCCAGCGACCUUCUGGUGGUACGAACAAUCACUUUUUUCUUCCCUUCUCAAUGCUCUUUUGCAGGUGUGUCGUCACAAUGGCCACAGUCGGAUACGGUGACCUUGUGCCGGUGACAGUUGCCGGAAAGCUCGUGGGCAGUGGAGCCAUCGUCUGUGGAGUCAUGGUCCUCGCACUUCCCAUCACUAUCAUGGUAUACUCGGAAAUCUUCGUACUACUUUUCCACCCCGUUCCGUGUUUCAGGUCAACAAUUUCAUGCAAGUUGUAAAGCUUCGCGAGGAGCAGAUUGUCAAGAAGUAUGCUCAGCAGCACGGCGACCAAGUCUAG